AUGCCCCUCCUUUUCCCCAAUUUCCGGAUACACCAGGUCUUCGGAGCAAAUACAGAUGUCGGCAAGACACUCUUGACUACAGCUCUAGUAAGAGCCACAGCAUCAAAGUACGCUGCAUCGGCAAAAGGGAAAGAGAAAAGUGUAUUCUACUUGAAACCCGUAUCGACAGGACCGGAUGAAGAGUCAGAUGUCAGCUAUCUACAACGACAUACAAAACCUUACGCUCAUUUGAUCGAUACCCACAAUCUGUACCAGUACAGAGAACCUAUGUCCCCUCAUCUGGCAGCUAAACUGGCACCGGACUUGCCAUUUCCCAAAACCAACGAUGAGCUAGUCCGAGGAAUCGAGAAUUACGCUACCUCAUGUGCGAAGCAGUUGAAUGGAAGGCAAGGAGCCUUGUUCGUAGAAACAGCAGGAGGUGUCCAUUCCCCGGCCUUGCAUCCCCCACAUACCCAAUCAACAUUCCUUCGUUCCCUCCGACUUCCCUCUAUCCUCAUCGCUUCACCUCGCCUAGGCGGAAUCUCAACCACCUUAUCCUCUUACGAAUCUCUAAUAAUGAGAGGAUAUUCGAUAUCAGCUGUACUAUGCCUGUACGACUCAUAUUACAGGAACGACGAUUUCUUAGAAGGAUAUUUCAGGGAUAGAGGAAUAGGAUAUUGGACUGUGAAACCCCCUCCCGAGAAGUACGGAACGGUAGAAGAGGAUGCAGCGAGGCUAUCCCAGUGGUAUGGCGACGUAGAGCAAUCUGGUAGAGCGGUUGAAGGCGGAGGUGGGGUGAGAGAGGUUUCAGAUUGGUUGGAUCACCAACAUGUCAAUAGGAUAAAGGAAUUGGAUAGUAUGCCUGGUAGAACGCUUAAAAGCGUUUGGUGGCCUUUCACUCAACAUGGUCUGAUAAACAAGAAGGAAGAUGUUAUGGUGGUCGAUUCAGCGUUUGGAGAUAACUUUGAUUCGUACUAUACCAAGCCAUUGCCGACAUCCCCCACAGGCUCCGAGUCGCAGGCCAUACCGAAGGAAGAAGGUAAUUUGUUGAAUUCUUACUUUGACGGUUCAGCCAGUUGGUUCACUCAAUCACACGGUCAUGCAAACGAAGAAUUGACUAUAGCAGCUGCAACAGUUGCCGGACGAUAUGGUCACGUAUUGUUCCCCUCGGGGACCCACGAACCUGCGUUGAAACUUGCCGAAAAGCUCAAAUCGACCGUAGGAAAGGGUUGGGCCGAAAGGGUGUUUUACUCUGAUAAUGGAAGUACCGGUAUUGAAGUGGCAUUGAAAAUGGCUUUGAGAGCUGCAGGAAGGAGGUACGGAUAUGAUGGUGAGAUGGGAGGUGAUUAUGGUGUGAUCGGUCUAAGGGGAGGGUACCAUGGUGAUACUAUUGGUAGUAUGGAUGCGUCCGAGGCGUCAACGUACAAUAAAGCGGUCGAUUGGUACAAAGGUCGUGGUCAUUGGUUCUCACCACCGAUGGUUCAGUAUAUCGAUGGGCGACCCAGCGUACUCACGACAGGACCGGACGAAUGGUCACUUCUACCUGAAGCUUUGAGCUCCGAGGGCAAAACCACAAGCGAAGGGUGGUCUUUGGGAUUCUCAGAUAUACAAUCGAUAUAUUCCGUUGAAUCUCGACUAGACUCACCUCUAGCAGACUAUUACAGAGAACAUAUUCGAAAGAAUCUCGAAAAAGCUGUUAAAGUUGAUGGAAAGAAGUUUGGAGCGAUGAUUAUGGAGCCAACAUGUCUCGGAGCAGGAGGAAUGAUUUUUGUUGAUCCGCUAUUCCAAACUUGUUUAGUCGAGGUCGUAAGAGCCAGUUCGGAUUUGUUUGGCGGUAAAUCGUGGAAGGGUAAGAAAUUUACCGAGGAUCUCAAGGAGGUCAGAGGAGGUUGGAGGGAGAAGAGGAAAUGGAGAGGUGUGCCUAUCAUCUACGAUGAAGUAUUCUCGGGUUUACAUCGAUUCGGAUACCUCUCGGCAUCUUCGAUACUCAAAGAAACGCCUGAUAUAUCAGUAUAUGCGAAGAUCCUCACUGGGGGGUUAUUACCCCUCUCAGCCACUCUAGCUUCCACAUCGAUAUUCAAUACUUUCCUAUCGGAUCGAAAAGUAGAUGCGUUGUUACAUGGACACUCCUAUACCGCGAAUCCUAUCGGAUGUUCAGUGGCCCUGAAAGCGAUUGAGAUAUUAGAGAGACAGAAUUGGGAGGUAGAAAAGAAGAUAUGGAAUGUCAAUUUGAAAGAUGAAUCGAAAAGAUGGAGUUUCUGGAGCGAGGGAUUCGUAUCGACCUUGAGUGAAGCGAAGGUUGUCAAGGGGGCGAUGGCUAUGGGGACGGUUAUGGCACUUGAAUUAGAUGCUGGAGAAGGAGGCUACUCAUCCCAUGCUGCUCUUGAUUUCCUCACUGCUCUCAGACAGAAGAUCAUCACUUCUCCUGAAGGUCAAUUCGCACCGUUCCAGAUCCACUCGCGACCACUUGGGAACGUAGUGUACAUCAUGACUAGUAGUUUCACGAAACCUGAGGUUGUAAGAGCGAUGGAAAGGACUAUAUGGGGGGAAUUGGCGAAAAUAUAG